UUGAUUCUAUUUAAAACAAUUGCAUUCAAAUCAAACAAUCAAGGCGGCAAUACAAAAUCACGAAACUGUACGAAUCUACCCGAAACUAAACGAACAGCAGUCACAAACAAAUAGGUUAUGUUUAUUUACAUUCGCAUCAGUUGCGAUGGCUUCAGGAAGUCAAAGUUUACCUGUGUCGCAAAUAUUAAAAUCCAAAGCAGAAUUCGAAGAUGAACCCAAAAAGAAAUCGCGUGAAGACUGGCGUAAGGCUAAAGAGUUAGAAGAAGCGCGUAAAGCAGGCACAGCGCCCGCUGCUGUCGAUGAAGAAGGCAAAGAUAUCAAUCCGCACAUCCCGCAGUACAUUUCAAGCGCACCAUGGUAUUAUGGACAAAGUGGUCCGACUUUAAAACAUCAACGUCCACAAGCGGAGAAAGAAAAAGUCUACUCACAUCUUGAUGAGUGGUAUGACAGAGGCGUAGACACUUCUAAGGUAGUGACAAAAUUCCGCAAAGGCGCUUGUGAAAACUGUGGAGCAAUGACACACAAAAAGAAAGAAUGCAUGGAACGUCCACGAAAAAUCGGCGCAAGAUUCUCCGGUGCAAACAUCGCCGCAGAUGAAUACCAACAGAAGAAUUUAUCGUUAAACUACGAUGGGAAACGCGAUCGUUGGUCAGGUUAUGAUCCACGCGAGCACAGAACAAUCAUCGAAGAGUUCCAAAAAGUCGAAGACGCAAAACGUGCGUUACGAGCUGAGAAACUCAACGCAAACGAAUCCGAAGAGGAUGAAGAUAAAGACGAGGAUAAAUACGUCGAUGAAGUAGACAUGCCAGGCACAAAAGUUGAUAGUAAACAGCGUAUUACCGUGCGUAACUUGCGUAUUCGUGAAGAUACAGCCAAAUAUCUACGCAAUCUUGACCCGAAUUCAGCGUAUUAUGACCCUAAAACACGUUCGAUGCGUGAGAAUCCUAAUCCCAGCAAGGAUGACACAUACGCCGGUGAGAAUUUUGUAAGAUUCACAGGAGAUACCACGAAACAUUCGCAAGCGCAGUUGUUUGCUUGGGAUGCACAUGAGAAAGGCGUUGAUGUGCACUUGUUAGCCGAACCAACAAAGUUGGAAAUGCUGCAGAAGGAAUACGACAAGAAGAAGGAUCAAUUCAAGAGUAAAGUACAACAAUCUGUGUUGGAAAGGUAUGGAGGUGCGGAGCAUUUAGACGCACCACCGAAAAGUCUCCUGCUAGCACAGACAGAAGAUUAUAUUGAGUAUUCACGCUCGGGGAAGAUCAUCAAAGGGCAAGAGAAGGAGAUUAUCAAGUCAAAGUAUGAGGAAGAUGUCUACAUACACAAUCACACGAGUGUUUGGGGUUCGUAUUGGAAAGGCGGUCGAUGGGGGUAUAAAUGUUGCCAUUCCUAUAUUAAAAAUUCAUAUUGUCUUGGCGAGGCUGGUAAGGAUCAAGAAGUUGAUUUACCACCGUUGAAUAUUGAAACAACUACGACCACAGUUGAUAAAAUUGAUCCUGUUAAGGAUAAAGAUGAAAAUAGUAGUUCUAGUUCAAGUUCAUCUUCAUCAUCAAGCUCUGAAAGUGAAGAUGAAGAGAAAAAGAGCAAACAAAAGAAGAAAUCGAAGAAAAAGAGUAAAAAACGUAAACAAAAAGAAAAACGCAAGUUAAAAGCACAGAAAAAGAAGAAUAAUAGUGAUGAUGAUGAUGAUAAUGAUGGAAAAGAUAAGUUAAAAGAAGCGCUACGCAAAGAAGAAGAACACCAGAAGCAUAUUGAUGAAGUAAUGAAGCUAGACGAACGAAAACGAUCUUACAAUUCAAUGUACGACGUGAAAAAACCAUCGGAAGAGGAAGUCGAAGCUUAUUACUUGAAACGCAAACGAGAGGAAGAUCCUAUGAAUCAUUUUACAUAAUAAAAUGUAAGGUUAUGGUAUGAUAUACAAAAUGGCCGUUAAUAACCAAAUAAUUUUUCUAUUUGAAAA